AGCAGCAACUUCGGCAUGGGCAGCAUGGGCGGCAUGGGCGGCGGCAUAGGUGGCGCACGCAUGAGCGCAUUCAGCAUGGCUGGAGGAGCAGGAGGUCAGGAUGUUAGGGUCUCCCAGGCCAGCAGGAGCUACUCUGCUGGCAGCGGCGGCUUCAGCUUCAGCGCCGGUGGAGGUGCAGGUGGAGGCUUCGGAGCAGGUGCAGGCUUCGCAGCAGGUGGUGCUGCAGACAGCAGCCUCGUCGGCAACGAGAAGUUAACUAUGCAGAACCUGAACGACCGUCUGGCCACCUACCUGGCCAAGGUGGCAGCGCUGGAGAUGGCCAAUGGUGAGCUGGAGCUGAAGAUCAGGCAGUUUGUGGAGAACAAGGUCGGGCCCACUAGCCGGGACUACAGCGCCUUCCUGGUCACCAUCGCUGAGCUGCACGGCAAGAUCCAGGACGCUCUCGCCACCAAAGGCACAGUCGUUCUGAGCAUCGACAAUGCCAAACUGGCUCAAGACGACUUCAGGAUGAAGUAUGAGAACGAGCUGACGAUGCGUCAGUCGGUGGAGGCCGACAUCUCCGGGCUGAAGAUGCUGAUGGGAGAGCUCGGCGUCACUAAGACCGACCUGACCAUGCAGAUCGACAGUCUGACAGAGGAGCUGGUGUCCAUGAAGAAGAACCACGAGGAGGACCUGUUGGCCUUGCGAACUCAGAUGAGCGGUCAGGUGAACGUGGAGGUGGACGCCCCCAAUCAGAUCGACCUGAACAGGGUCAUGGAGGAAGUCAGAGAGACCUAUGAGACUGCCGUUGCCAAGAACAACAGGGAACUCGAGUCUUGGUUCCAGUCCAAGUCGGAGGUGCUCAGUCAGGAGGUGGCGGCCGUUGAGAUGACGGUGAAAUCAUCAACGCUGGAGGUGAAGGAGGUGAAGAGUCAACUUCAGGCUCUGGAGAUCGAACUCCAGUCACAUCUCAGCAUGAAAGCAUCUUUGGAAGCCCAGUUAGCAGAAAUCCAGAGCCGCUACGCCAUGCAGAUGAACGGAUACCAGACGAGGGUGAGCAAUAUGGAGGAGUCGCUGGUGCAGCUGAGGGCUGACAUGGAGAGACAGGCAGAUGAGUACCAGAUGCUGCUGGACAUCAAGGCCAAACUGGAGAUGGAGAUCGCCGAAUACAGGAGGCUGCUGGAUGGAGAGGCCUCUUCAAUGUUAGCCUCUUCCAUGGCAGAAUCUUCCUUGCCAGCCUCUUCCAUCGCAGAAUCUUCUUUGUCAAACACAUCCUCCUCCACUACCACCACCACCACCAUCAUCCAAGAAGUCAUCACAGAUGUGGUCGAGGAGGAGACCAUCUGAGACCAACCA